UAUUGUUGUAUUGUUGCACUGUGUGAACAAAGUGUUUUCGUUGCUGAUUUUUGAAGCAAAGUUGAGAAUAUACAUUUAUUGUUAAUUAAUGUGAUAAAAAUGAAGUUGAAAGACAUUACUAUACAAUAUAAAAUGCGAAAUUUUGUCCACAAACAGUGAAAGUGAAUAGUUCCUAACCUUAAAACAUAUAUCUUCUAUAACCUUCCAACCUUACCGGUCAAAUGUCUGCUCCACUUGCUUGUAUUAGUCGUACACUAACAACCGCUGCAAGAAAAAAACGGCGAGUUGUAGUGACAGGAAUGGGAAUAGUAUGUCCUCUUGGAAUUAAUAAACAAACUGCCUGGAAAGCUCUCAUUGACAGUAAGACAGGUGUUACCAAAUUGACUGAGCCAGAUUAUGAAAAACUACCUUGUAGAAUUGGUGCAUUGAUACCUAAGGGAAGUGGUCCUAAUGAAUUAGAUAUUAAUUCACAUUUUACAAAGAGUGAAUUACGUACAAUGUGUCUUGCCACAGCUUAUGCCUUGAUAGCUACUGAAGAUGCAUUAAACGAUGCUAAAUGGAAACCAGAUGAUGAAAAAGAUAAACAAGAUACAGGAGUAGCUGUGGGAGUUGGAAUGAUAGACUUGGUCGAUGUAUGUACAACAUAUGAGGCCAUGAAAAAAGGAUAUAACAAAGUCAGUCCUUAUUUUGUGCCAAGGAUUCUGCCAAAUAUGACUGCAGGACAAAUUAGUAUUAAGUAUGGCUUUCGUGGACCAAACCACUGUGUAUCAACGGCAUGUGCAACUGGAGCCCAUGCAAUUGGUGAUGCAUUUCGUUUUAUCCGUGGGGGAGAAACAUCUGUUAUGGUAUGUGGUGGUGCAGAAGCAUGCAUCAGUCCCCUUGCUAUAGCUGCUUUCUGCAGACUUCGGGCAUUAAGCACUGCUAGAAAUGAUAUUCCAUCUGAAGCAUCUCGUCCAUUCGAUAAAGAUAGAGAUGGAUUUGUAAUGGGAGAAGGUGCUGCUAUACUAGUGCUAGAAGAAUUAAAUCAUGCACUUGCUAGAGAAGCAAAUAUUUAUGCAGAAGUGUUAGGAUAUGGUUUGUCUGGUGAUGCAGCACAUUUAACCGCACCCAGCGAAGAUGGUACUGGUGCUAUAUUAGCUAUGGACAGAGCAGUAAAAGAUGCUAGUAUAGAAACCAUGGAAAUUACUUUUGUCAAUGCACAUGCAACUUCAACUCCCAUAGGUGAUGCUAUCGAAGUAAAAGCUAUAGAAUCAUUCAUGGGACAACACAGUAAAAACGUGACUAUUUCUAGUACAAAAGGAGCUCAUGGUCACUUAUUGGGAGCAGCAGGAAAUUUAGAAGCUGCUUUUACAAUGCUCGCAUUAAAAGAGGGUAUAAUGCCACCAACAUUAAAUUUGCAUAAUAUAGAUAUAGAAACAUCCUUAAAUUUUGUGCCUAAGGAAAAGAAACUCUGGAAUUCGACAUCGAGACGUGUAGCUUUAAAAAAUGCUUUUGGUUUUGGGGGAACAAAUGCAUGCUUAUGUUUAGCGCAGUACAAUGAAUAACCCAACUAUCAAACUAAAAAAAGUUUGAGAAAAAGCAUAAUACGAACUAGUCAUUCCUUCGUAUACAUUAAUUAAUACAUACAUUGCAUUUGCAGAAAAUGUAUAUGCAUAAUUUUGCUCAUUUAACCUAAAAUGCGGUUUUAUAGCGUAUCAUAUUCGAGACUUGAGCUACAAUUAUAAUGCCUUAGAUACUUUUAAUAUUUGUAUGCAAUAUGAAACUUAUGUGAUAUACCACGUAAAAAAAAAGAAACAAAAACUUUUCUAUCAAAGAUCGUUAUAUGAAGCUGUACAGAAAGAAUGUAAUUUGGAAUAAUAUAAUAUAUUAUGAAAUGCGUUUAUUUUUUA